GGCCACUUGGCGUGCGGGGCGCAGAAGGGAGGAUGGAAGGACUUGUGGCUCUGUGCGCCGCGCGGCUGCUGCAGCAGGAAAAAGAAAUUAAGUCUCUGAAUGCUGAAAUUGACCAGUUGAAAAACCGGGUCUGUUUAGAAACUUCCCCAAAUUUGGAGCACUUGCGAGAAGAAAAUUUAAAGUUGAAGUAUCGCCUAAAUAUUCUUCGUAAGAGUCUUCAAGCAGAAAGAAGCAGGCCAACCAAAAAUAUGAUUAACAUCAAUAGCCGUCUCCAGGAAGUCUUCGGUUGUGCUAUCAAGGCUGCCUACCCGGAUUUGGAAAACCCUCCUUUGUUAGUAACACCAAGUCAGCAGCCUAAGUUUGGGGACUAUCAGUGCAACAGUGCUAUGGGUAUUUGUCAGAUGCUGAAAGCAAAGGAACAGAAAGUUAAUCCAAGGGAAAUAGCUGAAAACAUUACCAAACACAUCCCAAACAAUGAAUAUAUUGAAAAAACUGAAAUUGCUGGCCCCGGUUUUAUUAAUGUCCAUUUAAGGAAGGAUUUUGUAUCAGAACAGUUGAGCAAUCUUUUGGUGAAUGGAGUUCAUCUACCUGCUCUUGGAGAGAAUAAAAAGGUUAUAGUUGACUUUUCCUCUCCCAACAUAGCUAAAGAAAUGCACGUUGGGCACCUCAGGUCGACUAUCAUAGGAGAGAGUAUGUCCCGCCUCUUUGAAUUUGCAGGAUAUGACGUGCUCAGGAUAAAUCAUGUAGGCGAUUGGGGGACCCAGUUUGGCAUGCUCAUUGCUCACCUGCAAGAUAAAUUUCCAGAUUAUCUAACAGUUUCACCUCCUAUUGGGGAUCUUCAGGCAUUUUAUAAGGAAUCUAAGAAGAGAUUUGAUACUGAGGAAGAAUUUAAGAAGCGGGCAUACCAGUGUGUAGUUCUUCUCCAGAGUAAAAAUCCAGAUAUUAUAAAAGCUUGGAAGCUUAUCUGUGAUGUAUCCCGCCAAGAGUUUAAUAAAAUCUAUGAUGCGUUGGACAUCUCUUUGAUAGAGAGAGGAGAAUCCUUUUAUCAAGAUAGGAUGAAUGAUAUCGUAAAUGAAUUUGAAGAGAAAGGUUUUGUACAAGUAGAUGAUGGCAGGAAGAUUGUGUUUGUCCCAGGGUGCUCCAUACCACUAACCAUAGUAAAAUCCGAUGGAGGUUAUACCUAUGAUACAUCUGACCUUGCUGCUAUCAAACAAAGACUGUUUGAGGAAAAAGCAGAUAUGAUCAUUUAUGUGGUGGACAGUGGACAAGCUCUGCAUUUCCAAGCAAUAUUUGCUGCUGCUCAGAUGAUUGGUUGGUAUGACCCUAAAGUUACUCGAGUGUCCCAUGCUGGAUUUGGUGUGGUGCUAGGGGAGGACAAGAAGAAGUUUAAAACGCGAUCAGGUGAAACAGUACGCCUUGUAGACCUUCUGGAAGAAGGUCUAAAACGAUCCAUGGACAAAUUGAAGGAAAAGGAAAGAGAUAAGGUUUUAACUGCAGAGGAAUUGCAGGCUGCUCAGACAUCCGUUGCCUAUGGCUGUAUCAAAUAUGCUGACCUUUCUCAUAACCGCUUGAAUGACUACAUCUUCUCCUUUGACAAAAUGCUAGACGACAGAGGAAACACAGCUGCUUACUUGUUGUAUGCCUUCACUAGAAUCAGGUCCAUUGCGCGUCUGGCCAAUAUUGAUGAAGAGAUGCUCCAGAAGGCUGCACGUGAAACUAAAAUCAUUUUGGACCAUGAGAAGGAAUGGAAACUGGGCCGGUGCAUUUUACGGUUCCCUGAGAUUUUACAGAAGAUUUUGGAUGACUUGUUUCUCCACACACUGUGCGAUUAUAUCUAUGAGCUUGCAACUACUUUCACAGAGUUCUACGAUAGCUGCUACUGUGUGGAAAAAGACAGACAGACUGGGAAGGUAUUGAAGGUGAACAUGUGGCGGAUGCUGCUGUGUGAAGCGGUAGCUGCUGUUAUGUCCAAGGGCUUUGAUAUCCUGGGAAUAAAACCUGUCCAGCGGAUGUGAGCCUCCAUAGGCUUCACCACUGCUGCAAAUGUACAAAGUGGCUGUUAGCCCUAUGUUUUUUUUUACAAGUAGUAAAGAAAAUUUAUCAACUACA